AUGGGCUUGUCCGACGAUGAACGUGCCUCAACUGCAUUCCAAACACUGCCAAACGAGCUGGUCGGUGCCAUUUGCACCCUGCUUUACAAUCGCGACAUCAAGAGCUUGCGUCUGACCUGUCGAGCCUUGGGAAACAAGUCGCCGCUAAGAUUUGACCGCGUUUUCAUCUCUCCCAAUCCACGCAAUGUCGAGGUCUUGCUCGCAGUCGCCAAUCACGACGUUUUCCGACAUCGCGUGAAAGAGAUUGUAUGGGAUGACGCCGUUUUGAUGAGAAUCCCCAGCUCGGACGGCGAUGGCCCUUGUGGCUACAGCGCGGAUGAGAAUGACCCUGAUGACUAUGCUGCGAACGAGGACAAAGAAUGGAUCUCGAGGGAUUUUGUUCAUCUAUGUAAAGAAAAUAUCUCUCUCACCAAGGCCAGGUUGCACGAGAAGAAUAAAUACCAGGGCGAAAACGAAGUACAGAAGCAGGUGGAUAACCUGAUGCCCUCUCGAGACUCACUGGCGCAUUACACAGACCUUUUCCAUCAGCAAAGAGAGGUUUUGUUAUCGGGCGCAGAUGAAGAGGCUUUUCGGUACGCCGUGCAAAGGUUCCCGCAACUCACAAAGGUCACCGUUACACCGGCGGCGCACGGUUUUCUUUUCAUGCCACUUUAUAAAACACCAAUGAUCCGAGCCUUCCCGCCUGGAUUUGUUUAUCCAAUUCCUCGAACCUGGCCUUCCGACGAGACUCUUGGGUAUGGUAGCCCUGAGAGCUGCCCAGAAGGAUGGGAAAAUGACGACGAGAGGAGACAGUGGCGCGGAUUCUGCAUCGUCUCAAAGGUUCUAGCCAGCUGUGCAGAGACACUUCAAAUCACUGAGCUAGUUGUGGAUAAUCACAAACUGCCGACCGGCAUCGACUACACUCUCUUCGACGAGCCAAAUGCAGAGUACGACAGCCUUUGCAAGAUUGUUGCGCGGCCAGGAUUCAGGCGCCUUGUACUCUCGUUAACAACAGGACACCGUCUGAACUUUGAUGCUGAAGAUUGGAGUAUUUACCAGAACGGCAGGAUAUCCAGCUUACUAGCCAAAGUAACCGAUCUGGAGGAGGUUAUCUUGAAUACUAACUAUGGAUUGAAUUCCUGGUCUUGCCCUAUGGAAGACUCUGUAUCACUCUUUGAUAUCUUUCCUAUCGAGAAUUUGUCACGCGGAAAGCUAAGACACUUUGGACUUUCCGGGAUUCAAGUCACCCAGGAUGAUCUUGUUUCGUUUCUUAGCAAGCUCCCGUCAACACUAGAAUCAGUGAACCUUAGCUUUCUCUCUAUGGUUGAGGGUCACGGAAACCAUGCUACGCUGUUGGCCGAUCUUCGAGACAAAUUAGACUGGAGACAUCGACCUGCCAGUCAAAGAAUCAAGGUCAGCAUUUCGAUGACGCUCAAUCAAUUCCACAAAGGCCGCUACGUAUGCCUCGACAGAGAGGUCCAGGAAUAUAUCUAUGGCGAUGGUCCGCCUCCCUUUAUUGUUCGUGAGGGGAAGAUCGAUGCUCACUUUGCAUAUGGCACCGGCAUUAUUUAUGAUGAGUUCGAUCCUGACUUUGCGAUACCAUAUGAAACAAACAAAAUGCGUCGCGAGAGAGGUACUGGUAUUUCUGCUAGUACUGUAUAA